UGCUGUGACGUGGCGCGUCAACACAACAAAACGAUGGCGGACGCCGUGGAGGAAGUUCUGCUCGCCACUUGGGACCAGGAUCUGGCCGAGGCCUUGGACUCUGGAUCCGACAUCGAGAUGGAGAAGAACCUGAUCGAGGAGGAGGGGAUCCCGCCUCAACAACGAGCGAAGAUGUGGAAGAUCGCUCUGAACGUGGCUGGGAAGGGUGACAGCCUCUCUCCCUGGGACGGUGUCCUUGACCUCCCCGAGCAGACGCUCAUUCACAACCGCAGCCAGCAGCUGAUCGACCAGCUGGGCGUGUCGGGGCAGGAGCGAGCGGAGCUGGUGUCGGACGUGGAGGCGGUCAUCACCUUCUACUGCAAGUCCAGGAACAUCAGCUUCACGCCGGAGCUGAGCUGGCCCCACCUCCUCAAGCCCCUGCUGGGCCUGCAGCUCCCGCGCAGCGACCUGUACAACUGCUUCUACGCCAUCAUGAACAAAUACAUCCCCAGGGACUGUGUGCAGAAGGGCCGGCCCUUCCACCUGUGCAGCUUGCUGCUGCAGUACCAUGAGCCCGAGCUCUGCUCCUUCCUGGACACCAAGAAGAUCACCCCCGACUCCUACGCCAUCAACUGGCUGGGCAGUCUGUUUGCCAGCCACUGCCUUGCUCCGGUGACCCAGGCCUUGUGGGACAACUACCUCCAGCAGGGCGACCCCUUCCUCGUCUUCUUCCUCAUGCUUGUCAUCCUAGUCAACGCCAAAGAAUCCAUCCUCUCACAGGAAGCCACCAGCAGAGAAGAGAUGAUGAAAAUGCUGGAAGAGUCUCCAGCUCUCCUUGAGACAGAGGACGUUGAGGACCUGAUAUCUCUGGCCCAGUAUUACUACAGCAAGACCCCUCUCUCCCUCCGAAAGGAGAACCAGAACCUGUUUGGCAGCAGUCUGGUGGCCCUGAAGGAGGAGGACAUGGACCUGAGCCAGGCCCUCUGCCUCCCCGUCUCCGUCCCGGAGAUCCUGCAGGCCAACCAGCACCAGCAGGACGGCGUGCGGUUCUUCGUGGUUGACUGUAGACCGGCCGAGCAGUACAACGCCGGACACCUGUCCACCGCCUUCCACCUGGACUCUGACCUGGUCAGUUUCUCCAUCCCUUCUCUCUCUCGCUCUCGCUCUCUCCCUCUCUCCGUCUCUCCCGCUCUCUCUCUCUCUCUCUCGGCCUCUCAAAUUGAAUUCAAAAUAAGGUGCUCUCCACCUCAUUCUCUCGCGCGCCGCUCCUCACAGAUGCUGCGGAACCCGUCGGAGUUUGCGCUGUCGGUCAAGUCCCUGCUGGAGGCCCAGAAGCAGUCCCUGGAGUCGGGCUCGGUGGCCAGCGGGGAGCACCUCUGCUUCAUGGGCAGCGGGCGCGAGGAGGAGGACAUGUACAUGAACAUGGUGCUCGCUCACUUCCUGCAGAAAAACAAGGAAUACGUCAGCAUCGCAAAAGGCGGAUUCAUGGCUCUACAGCAGCACCUGGUGGACAUGAACAUCGAGGGCCUGGACUCGUCCUACCUCCACUGGAUCGUCAGCACCUCAGGGUCCCACAGCAGCCUCAGCUCAGCCGACGGCGAGUCGCUGGGUGGCCCCGGAGACGCCAAGGGGGUCAAGUCUCUGGUCAACAAGAUGACCUUUGCCCUGAAGUCCAAGUCAGUCAACGUCAAGGAGAAGAUGAUCAGCUUCAUCGAGAACACCGCCACACCUGUGGACAGAAUGUCUUUCACUCUGCCCUGGCCAGAGAAGGCUGUCCCAGAUCGGCACGUGAGCAGCAACGACCGGGUGGGUAAGCCCUACAGAGGAGUCAAACCUGUAUUCAGCAUCGGUGACGAGGAGGAGUACGAUACAGACGAAAUCGACAUUUCGUCCACGUCGGAUGACGACCGGAAGGAGAUCAUCAACCUCCAGACGUGGACCAACAAGCCAGACGUCAAGCACCACAUCCCUUGUGACGAGGUGAAGGAGACUGGACACAUGUUCCCCAGCCACCUACUGGUGACGGCCACCCACAUGUUCUGCCUGCGGGAGAUCGCAUCUCGUAAAGGCUUUGCCUACAUCCAGUCCAGACAGGCGCUCAACUCGGUGGUGAAGAUCACCUCAAAGAAGAAGCAUCCGGAACUCAUCACCUUCAAAUUCGGCAACAACAACGCCGCCGCAGGCGUGGAAAUCUCCGCAGUGGAGAGGUAUCUGAUCCCCAACGCUGGCGACGCCACCAAGGUCAUCAAGCAGCAGAUCAUGAAGGUCCUGGACGCCCUGGAGAGCUCCUAAGGAGGUCUGGACGCCAAGGUGUGGGAGGAGGGGGAGACUGCUGGCUCCUCCUGCUCCAGCUCUGUGGUUUCUGCCCACCCCCUCGGGACCGGCCCGUGGACAGGAUGGACUGACCGGUUCCGCUGGUGUGCUGCCUGCUCUUCACAGACUGAGGACCUGUUUGGGGACAGGCUGUGUGUGUGUGUGUGCGCGUGUGUGUUUUGAAAUACUUUACUAGGUGCUCCACGACCCGACCUUCCCACUUUACUUGCUCUUAUUUAAAACUAAAGAUUUAUUUUCUUUUUGACAUUGUGUUCAUUAACAGAGCUCGUUUCAGAUUCAGUUCAACGCAACCAAAUCCCCUCCUGCCUUAAAACCCACUUGUUUCUCUAGUGACGGUUGAACCGGCUGGAUGUGUGUCAGCUAAUCAUCAGCGUACCUAAAGGUCACUGCGUUCUCUUCUCGGUUUACCAUUCAACACCAAUCCUACUGUGGGUUUGGCUGGGCACAAUUCCGGACACUCUGAUUGAUUACGUGUAUUGACAACGGUAUUGCUCUUCAGAGUUAGGUUGUUAUCAUUAAAGGAAGGAGGUUUCCUUUAUAGGUCAGAGGUUAUAGGAAUUAACAAGUUGAUCCGAAACGAGCAUGAUCCUGGAUACAAACGGAAAACUCUAAAGAUGCCCAUCCCAUAAUAGCUGUGGUUGACCGACGGCGCUGGUCUUCUGCCACCUCAACUCUUUUUGAUAUUCUUCUUUUCAGCGCACAGCCUUAAAUAAAGUCAUUUAAGGGUGUUUAUAAAUAUCUCAUGUACAUAGUGCGUGUAAACUACCGUAAUAUCUGAGCAGUAAAAUAAUUUUUGAACCAUCUAAUCAAGAUUAUUCAAGUCUGUUAUUUAGCUGCAGUUUCUAGGACUAAGCAGUCUUUCACGGAGCAAAUUUAAUUUAUUGUCAGCUUUUCAAACAAUGCAAUUAACCACACUAGAACAGAAGCUGUCCCCAUCUCUGGACAACUUGAGUAUUACCAAAUGGAGGUCUGGUCAUGUCACCGAUUGAGCACCAACUAUUUCGGUGCUUUAGUAUUUGCUGCCGAAUUCCAGAACUGGAUUAAUUUUCCACUUGUGUGGGAGAAAGUCUUUAGCAAACGUUAUGCUACCUUUGAUUGUAUUGUACCUGGCCCUCAGACAUAUGCUGUGUUGACUCACUGUGGAAGAAUAUAGCGUAUAGAUUUCUAUAUGCUGUUUAUUAGUCAACUUAUAUAUUAGGACAUAUGCUAUAGUGUCCUUGAAUUGUGUCAUUGAUUCUAUAUUUAAGUGUUUUCACACUUAUUCUUUUCCAGAAAAGAUAAUUUGCUCGCGUUUCAUCAACUUGGCCGUGUUGUUUGCUUUCACGAUCUCGGUUAAUUGUGAGUUGUAAGUAACAUCUGCAAACAGAAAAUAUAGCUCAAUAUAUAACUAGCAUCAUAAGUGUUGAAUGACUGUUUUAUCUCAUUUGUUGCCAUGAGGUGGCAUGGAGGAGUUUCUGAUGGAAAGAUAUUUCGUUCAAUUUCUGAUAAGUUAGAUGGAAAAAAGUGGUGAUUAAAUGGUCUCCCAUAACAUAGCAUUCCUGUGUAAUCAAUGCAUCGUGUUGUAAUUUGUUAUGUGAUUUGUUCAGUAUUUACUUGAAUAUGCUUGACUGGUCGACGUCUUUACGGUUGAGAACAUUUCCCUUCCCCAUCGUUUGAAAAAACAUGGCGUCGGUCACCGCUCAUCCAACGGCCGCUUAACCUUUGCAUUCUCCUGUAUAUUUUGCACUUAACUUAACUGUUCUUUUCUAAUAAACUUUGUUUUUAAUAAAUUGAUAGUUAUUCAACAAUGGGUAUGAAUACCUCAUUUUAAUUCAUGAGUUACUACAUGUAAGUUUGUAAUGCCAUCAUUAAUUGACCUACACUAGGCUAACGUUACAGCAACCUAGCUUCUAGCGGGUCCAAUCCCGUCCGUUAUACAUUCCUUUCUUGCAUAUUAUCUCACUGGCAUGGGAAAAUUUUAUUUGAUGAAUUUACACAAAUAAAUCUGUAGUUAGCAUCAUUACCGAUAGCAUAUUGGAAAUGUGUGUCUGUAUCUUUAGAGAAUCACAAUUCAACACAUUUAAAUAUUGACAUU